GCCAAAGCAGAAGAGAGAGAAAGAGAGUGAGAGUGAAACAGAGUAAGAGAGAGAGAGAAAAAGAGAGAGAGAGACAGACAGACAGAUAUACAGGCAGAGGUCGCUCACAUGUACUUAACAACUUCAGAGAUAUCAGUUAAAAAUGAACACCAAACAAUUAAUGACUGAUUUCUGAAGCUCUGAACUUCAUCUGAACUUCAAGUUCUACAGUUUGGCUCGCAGGAUAAUAUGAGGGGAUGUGAUAUUUUACCUGAACUCAUUGGCUCAAUGAAAUGCAACUAAGAAGAGGACACUGCAACUAGGGCCUUGUCUGAAUGUGUUCAACUAUAAACAGCGCUCUUCCCUUUAGUUUCAGAUGUGAGGGACCAGUAAACUCUAACAGACUUCAUGGGGGAGUGUCGAUGUCUAGCACUCACAGAAAUAGUGCAAGUGGCAGGGUCUGGGCCAAUUAUUCACCUCAACAAUCAGAGAUGGACUGGACCUGGCAGGAACUAAUGGCAAUCACAGAACUGCAGGAAUUCGAGGUCCCCAAUGAGAAUCCAUUCGAAGCUGGUUCAUACAUUUCCAUGGAGCCAAUGGUGCAUUAUGGGACUUGUGGAAUCAACCUGGCAGAACCUAUCCCACCCAACGCUCAGACAAACACUGCUGCUGGUUUUGAAGCUGGGUACGCUGAUGCAGUAUCCUCAUACCAACGCUUAAAUCCAAACAUGGAGAUGCACUAUGGACAUGGCUGCCAGGCUACCAGAUUACCACCGAAUGCACAAUCUCUUCAACCCACAUUUAUGAACGCAUUUGAUCCCGUGAACAUGAACAACCCCAAUCAGGGACAGGGGAAAAACUGCAAUGGACAUCCAGAUGAUCUUGAGUCAGACUCAGGUCUUUCUUUGGGCUCAAGCCCACCGCUUGCCUCACCUGAGAACGAAGUGCAAGGGGCACUUACAUAUUUACCCCGAGAUGGCUAUACCGAUGGUGAGGGUGAACGCAUCAGGGACCAGUGUCACAUUCGAUCAAAUGUUAAUGCACCUGUGGAUUAUUCACACACAUUCGGCUCCUAUUCUGGACAUCCCUACUUUCCACUUGCACCAAACGCACAUCAUGCCCAGCAGCAUGUUCCUCAUUCACAUCAGCACAUGGCGUCGAUGAAACAGCAGCUUUUACCUACAGCUCUGCAUGAUCCACAUACAAACCAUGCAAGCACACCAAGAGCAGGCUCUUUCCAUUCACCGCAAUCAAAACCAAAGGAGGCUGGAGUGUCUGGGCCCCUCACCAGGGAUGAGCGGAGGGCAGUUGCGCUCCAAAUCCCUUUUGCGCUUGACAAGAUAGUCAACCUGCCUGUAGAUGACUUCAACGAGCUUCUAAGCAGACACGCGCUAAGUGAGGCCCAGCUCACACUCGUCCGGGACAUCCGCCGUCGCGGCAAGAAUAAGGUUGCGGCACAGAACUGCCGGAAGAGGAAGUUGGAGAACAUUGUGCACCUGGAGCAUGAGCUGGGGCAGCUGAGAGCACGCAGAGAGCAUCUAGCACGAGAACGGCUAGAGUUCCAGCAAAAUUUAACCAUGCUGAAGUGUCGUCUCUCUGAGCUUUACGCUAAAGUAUUCUCCCAGUUACGAGAUGAGGAAGGACACCCAUAUUCUUUGGAGGACUAUUCACUCCAACAAAGUAAUGAUGGUAACCUUUACCUUAUGCAGAGAAACAACUCGUUGGAUGCUGAAUAAAUGAAGGUCUAAUAAUUGAUAUGUCCCAAAGACAUUGGAUAUGCUAUAACCAUUUUUAUGGGUCAUUUGAUAUAGCCAUCAAAUCAUGCUCAGGGCCACAACACAGCUUGCUGGCAACUUUACUUAGCAAAAAUAAAGGUGGUCCAAAUCUCACGAUACCAAUGUAUAUACAAUUAAGCAUUAACUCAGUAAUUAAAAUUCACCACUUUAAAAAGCUUUAUUUACAUAGUAAAAAACACUUCAUUACAUAGUAAAAAUAGUUUCCCAACAUCAUGUCUUUGGUCCUAAAACACAGAAAAAAAGAAGAAGAAAAAAAAAAGACAAAAAAUUAGCAUAUAAUUAAUUUUCCAAAAUCACAUCAGAAGAAAACGAGCAAUUACCUUCACACAGCCUGAAGAAAACAGGCCAAAAUCAUCCACCGUGGAUCUGAAAUGCUUUGCAUCAAAUUCCU